UGACAACAGAAAAUAACCAAGAAAACAGAGUACACACAUCAAUCUUCACCUUUUUGUCCUACACUACACUUCAGUAAAAAAGGGAAGAUGCCGACAACUAUGGAGGUAAAGAUGAGAUAGACCUCAAAUGGCUGCUGACGUGGAAGUUAGAAGUCAGCUGCUGGACAGUGACCUGGAGACAUCAGUCAGCUUCAACACAGACAGCUGUGAUUUUCAGCUGGACACCAGUCGAGAUAUAAAUAACCAAUGUCACAGUGACAUUGAUGAUUCGUGCCAUGCUUCCAGGAUGCCCCCUGGUUGGAUCAGAGAGGUGAGGCAGCGGAAGGCAGGAAAGACAGCAGGCAAACUGGAUGUGUACAUUACAAGUCCUCAAGGGCAGAAGUUCAGGUCAAGAGCAUCCCUGCAAGCUUUCCUCCUAAAAAAUGGAGAUGUAAACGUAGACAUAAGCCUCUUUGAUUUCACCACAGUCAAAGGCAAUGUCAUCACCUCUCCACAUUUUCUCCCCUUGCGAGAGAAAAAGAGCAGAAAGAAAAAACAUGCAGAUGCAGAUGGACAGCAGGACCCAAUAGAGAAAGCACAAACUGAUAUACUGGAUCUACCUCCAAAUAAAUCUAAAAGAGCCUCUUCCCCCCUCAGGAAUAAAGAAGAAAAAGUAAAGAAUGCAGAACAUCCUAAUCCUGUCAAUGGUGAUACAGUAAAAGAAGAGUUCACACAUGUGCUAGAAGUGUCUAAUGACAAAAAUGAUGAGACUGUCAAGUGUUGCACACAAACUGCACCUUCAGCCCCAGCGGCUGAUGUUAAACAGUGGAGCAGCCCUCAGAGGGCGGGACAGCUGAGGGAGAAGCUUCUCAGGUUGGCUCCUUCCAUUAAGCAACAAAAUACUUCAAAUGUUAAAAUGGAUGCACAGCCAGACUCACAGACCUUAGUCCCGAAUCUGAAUAUUGAAUCUGCCACUGAGAGUGAGAAUGAAGGCGAGGAUGAACAAGGCGCAGAUGAGAUACAGAUUCACAGCAAAGGUGACACCAAGCCUAAUUCUGAACUGGAGGCUGAUGCUGACAGUCACCAAGAUGUGGAAAAUGAGGUGUUAUUACCAGACAUGACUGGUGAGAACUGUACACCAGUGAGAGAAUCCCAGAAUAAGUCCAAAAGCUCAGAGGACAAACGGAAAAAAAGCCCUUAUUUCAGCAGGAAACCUCUCACAGAUGGUCUUAGUCCACCCAGGAGGAAGGCCUUCAGGAAGUGGACACCACCUCGUUCUCCCUUUAACCUCGUACAAGAAACCCUUUUCCAUGACCCCUGGAAGCUCUUGGUUGCUACCAUUUUUCUGAACAAGACAAGUGGAAAGAUGGCCAUUCCAGUUCUUUGGCAAUUCUUUGAACGUUAUCCGUCUGCAGAGGUGACCCGGGAGGCCGACUGGAAGCCGAUGUCUGAACUCAUGAAGCCACUGGGCCUGUACGAGCUCAGAGCCAAAAUACUCAUCCGCUUUUCAAAUGAAUAUCUAACUAAACAAUGGCGCUACCCCAUUGAGUUGCAUGGUAUUGGGAAGUAUGGUAAUGACUCCUAUAGGAUCUUCUGUGUGGGAGAAUGGAGACAGGUGACACCUGAAGAUCAUAUGUUAAACAAAUACCACGCCUGGCUUUGGGAGAACCAUGAGACGCUUGGAAUCUGAAACAACACAAAGUAUGAGGGACUUCAAGGAGGAUGUGUUGCAGCGCAGACAAGAGAAUCACUUACGUCACAGAAGCAUUUCAGUCUAACAAUAUUAGCAUUAUGAUGAACUUGUUACCUCAAUGUUACC